AUGGCUCCUAAAGCAGGAGAUGAGAGGUCACUGAAGGAGACACCCACUUGGGCAGUCGCAGUCGUGUCUGCCAUGUUUAUUAUCAUCUCGAUUGUGAUCGAGUAUGGCAUCCAUUCUCUUGAAAAGUGGUUUUCGAAGCGCCAUAAGAAGGCCAUGAUCGAGGCUCUAGUGAAAAUCAAAUCUGAGCUGAUGCUACUGGGCUUCAUAUCUCUGCUCAUCACUGUGGGUACGCAACCCAUCUCUAUGGUAUGUAUUGCUGAGAAAUACGCGAAGAUCAUGCUUCCUUGUAAAAGGGAGGACAAGGGGAAGCUCGACAAAGACAAGGAUCCCGGUAAUGGGAGAAAAUUGCUGUGGGACGAUGAGGAUGUCUUGUGGCGACGAUCUCUAGCUCCUGGAGACACCGGCGGCCAUUGUUCCAAACAUGGCAAGGUACCAUUGAUUUCGACGUCAGGGGUGCACCAGUUGCACAUUUUCAUAUUCGUGCUCGCCGUCUUUCAUGUUCUCUACAGCGUCAUCACCAUUUGCCUGGCAAAAGCCAAAAUGAAGAAAUGGAAGGCAUGGGAAGAGGAGACAACUUCCCUGGAGUAUCAGUUUAACAAUGAUCCUUCAAGAUUCAGAUUGACUCAUCAAACAUCUUUCGUUAGACGACAUAGUGGCCUUUCGACAACUCCUGGCAUCAGAUGGAUUGUGGCAUUCUUCAGGCAGUUCUUUGGUUCAGUCUCAAAGGUUGACUAUUUGACAAUGAGGCAUGGAUUCAUCAAUGCUCAUUUAGCUCCAAACAGCAAAUUCGACUUUCACAAAUACAUUAAGAGGUCUAUGGAAGAUGACUUCAAAGUGGUUGUGGGAAUCAGUAUACCCUUAUGGAUUUGCUGCAUCCUCUUUGAGCUCUCCAAUGUCUACGGUAAGACAGCUUUGUGCAAACCACCAUCUCCCACAGGCAUCCUCGCGAUUAAUAUCGAGAUUUGUACUAACAGGAUGAUUCCCCUUUUUAUUUUGCAGACUCAUUUGCCCUAUCAAUCAUCUCUUUCCUACCUCAUACUACUGCUAGUUGGUACCAAGCUCGAACUUGUUAUAAUGGAGAUGGCUCAUCAAAUUCAAGAUAAAACCACCGUGGUGAAAGGAGCUCCGAUCGUAGAGCCUAACAACAAGUACUUCUGGUUCAACCGGCCGGACUUCAUAUUGUUCUUGAUACAUUUAACUUUGUUCCAGAAUGCAUUUCAGAUGUCCAACUUUCUCUGGACAUGGUACGAGUUCGGCAUGAAUUCAUGCUUCCACAAGCGAGUGGUUGAGGUCUUCACACGAGUUUUUCUCGGCGUGGUCCUUCAAUUUGUGUGCAGCUACAUCACCUUCCCCCUCUAUGCACUAGUAACCCAGAUGGGGUCGCACAUGAAGAAGGCGAUAUUCGAGGAGCAGACGGCAAGGGCGCUGAAGAACUGGCAGAGAGCGGCAAGGGAGAGGAAGAAGCAGAGGCAGAAGGAAGGAGACCAAUCGGUGUCGCAGCACUCGGGGUUCAUGAGCCCCGACCAGACGCCGAGCCGCGGCUCGUCGCCCCUGCACUUGCUCCACAAGCACAACCACAACUCCUCCACCAACGACUUGGAGAGCGUGCUCAACUCUCCCAGGAGCUACACCUCUGAGACUGAGCUCUCUGAUUAUGAAGGCCCUCCUCCUCCAACCCAUUUCCCUGACCAUCAUCAUCAACAAGUUCCAGAUCAACAUGGAGGGCGACAGGACAACAACAAUGGCCGCCACAAGGGGGGUGAUAUCCAGAACGAUUUCUCAUUCUCUCAUGGUUAA